AUGAAAUUGGUUGUUGGCAACGCCACAGAUGCCACAUCCACCAAAUAUGCUUCCACAGCUUCUACAUCCAAUUCUCUUGCUGUACAAGAAAUCACCGUCACCCAAUCCACCUUGCCAGAUUUCGAAGCAGCACCUCUGUUUCAUCAGUCAGCAGUGCAUCGCAUCUACUGGAUGCAUGUCCAGAAAACAGGGGGCAGCUUCUUUAUGGCCAUUUUCUUUCGCUUCUGUCCAGAUGCUUUGAUAGCGGAACGAAAAGAAGGCAAGCUGAGAAAGAUCUACCUGAAUGAAGAAGUGUUACUACCAAAAUACCCCCCUGAGAAGUGGUGCUACAACAAGGACUUGAUGUUCUAUAAUAUGCCAAGUCCAGGAUAUCAUCACCCAUACGUCGCACGUCCCAACGAAGAAUUCUUUACCAUGACAAUGUUUCGCAAGCCAAUUGAACGACUUUGGAGUGCCUACAACUUUGGUCGCCAUGGCAGUUGGCAGCCUACCAGCAAUUCAACCUUUGAGGAAUACACACAGGAACCAAAUAUUUGCAACUGCCAGCUCAAAAUGGUGCUGGGUCGCCACUGCCACAAACAAGGCCCUCAGCAGGUUAAACAGAUGGGACCACUCAACAUUUCACUUGCCAUUGAACGAGUCAGCCAGCCACGUUUCUUUUUUGGUAUUACAGGACGAUGGGCCGAAAGCAUGUGUCUCUUCCAUCGCUGGUUUGGGGGAAAGGUGUUGCCAGAUAUUGAUUUUUUUAACAUUCGGAAAGGCUUUGUGCCUGGUGGCUACCAAGGGAAUGUUGUUCUUGAUCAUGAUGAAGUUGAAUGGUUUGAAGGCAUAAUGCCAAUUUUUGAAGCGAGGCUCCGAGCAGCAAACUGUGUGUCAUUUGUUCAACCUGAAUCAUAA